AUGACCGAGGUUGUUGGCACAAUGGCGACUGCUUGGCGUGGGUCGUCGCCGUCGGCAAACGAUGCCGGCCAAGCGCAACCUACGGAGGGCUUGAAGCUGGGUCACAAGAGGGGGGGAGGCGGCGGGGGGGGCGACGGGGACAAUUCGGCGAAAACGAAGCGGAGCAAGGGAGGCGGGGGGUCUCGCGUCGCCGGCGACGGGAGCAAGGGGGCCGGAGAAGGAGGCGGCGGAGGGGGGGGGGGGGGGGGGGGGGGGGGAGACGAUUCGGCGGGCGCGAGGCGGAUCAAGGGAGCGGUUGGUUCUCGCGUCGCCGGCGAUGGGAGCAUGGGAGCCGGCGACGGCAGUUCGGGGAAGCAGUCAGGGAAGAGCGUGGUCGACAUCCUCAGGAAGCACUGGGCUGAGGCUGGAGCGGCCAGCACGGGCCAUGGUGCGUUGACUGCGAGGACUCAGCAGGCUUCUGGCUCUGGCGCUAAGCCGUUGUCGGCAAAUGUCGCACCACCCACCCAUGUGGCAGCUGAUGUGGAGAAGGCGGUGGAGAAGGGCGUUCGUGCCGCGCUAGCCACCAGCGGCGGCGCCGUUGAGGAGGUCCCCGCAGACGUUGAUAUCGCUGCCAUACAGGCCCAUCUGGAUGCAGCCAAUCGCCGAACCCUGGCCAUCUCCGACACGGCACAUAGGAAGACGCGGGAGAAGUCGGAGGUGAAGGCGGCGGAUAAACAGAAGGGGACGGCGGCGGAGACGGCGGCGGACAAAGAUGGAGGCGGCCUUGCGGAGGUUGAAGGGAAAGGGGAGAAUCAGGAGAAGUCGCCCGGCGAGGGUACGUCGACGGGGAGGAAGGGGAAGGACAAGUCGGUCGGAGAAGGUGCGUCGACCGGGAGAAAGGGGAAGGAGAAGGCGGUCGGCGAGGGUUCCUCGAAGGGGAGAAAGGGAAAGAGGAAGGCGGAGGAGGAGGAUGAUGAUGUCGAGGAGGUGGAGGAGGUCAAGCAGGAGGAGGAAGAAGAAGAAGAGGAGGAGGAGGAGGAGGAGGAGGAGGAGGAGGAGGAGGAGGAGGAGGAGGAGGAGGAGGGCAAGGAGAGGAGGGGUCAUGGCAUCCGACACGAUACCUCGGGUGACAAGCAAGGGUGGGUCGGCGAGAUUAAGGUGCACGGCAUCAAUCGAUACAUCGGCAAGUCGCGGGACAAGAUGGAGCUCGCGUACGUUCACUCCAUCGCGUACGUCGUCUACGACGGUUUCGUGAGCAAGGUGCUCAUGACCGAGCUCACCGGCUUGGACAGCGCCGAAUUGGAGAGGUGGAAGGAGGUGUGGGAGGAGGUCAAGAUCUUGCCGACAGAGAUGUGGACAGUGAUGUGGGCCCGGGUCGAUGCUAGCACCGAGGAAGGCCAGGAGACGUCGGCGAUAAUAGGCCGCAUGUCAUUGUGCGCUGCGUAUGGGAAGACCGCUGCAGUAGCGGCGAAGAAGGAGGGAGACAAGGAGGAGAAGACGGAUAUGGUGGCAUGGGCGUUAGCAGCAUCCGCAUGCGCUGUGUAG